CGGAAGUGCCGCGGGGGCGGGAAGGUUGUAGAGCGGCACGUUGGGCGAGGUUUGCCGGUCUUUAAGUGGUCGCGCCCCCUCGGAGAGCGCGAUCGGACGGUGGGGCACUCCCGGGCGCGCACGCGUACACCCGGUGAUUGUAAAGCGUGGAGCAAUUGCCAGUGAACGGUUAAAACGGAAAUAGGAAGAUGGCAGCAAACUCGUCAGGACAAGGUUUUCAGAACAAAAAUAGAGUUGCAAUCUUGGCCGAACUGGACAAAGAGAAAAGAAAACUACUAAUGCAGAACCAAUCUUCAACAAAUCAUCCUGGAGCUAGCAUCGCACUUUCGAGACCCGCCCUGAACAAGGACUUCCGGGACCACGCGGAGCAGCAGCACAUCGCGGCCCAGCAGAAGGCGGCUUUGCAGCAUGCACAUGCACAUUCGUCUGGAUACUUCAUAACUCAAGACUCCGCAUUUGGGAAUCUUAUUCUUCCUGUUUUACCUCGCCUGGACCCAGAAUGAAGAAAUUAUUUGUAAUGAAACUGACUUUGUAACAUCAAAUGCCAAAGCUACUAUUGUUCAGUGCUAUACAAGCGGUGACUUUCAGAAUUUCGGUGAACGUAUAUAUUUUGCUCCUUUAAAAGAAAGGUAUGUGCAAAUGAACGGAAAAGAGGGGGAACCAGGAUGAUGAGAGCUUUGGAAGCUGUAUCUGAAGACUGAUUCUGCUACCCGUGACUGUAACUUAUUUGUAAUGCAGGUUGACUUUAGGGCUAAAUCAAACUCUGAAUUAGAUGGUCACAUAAACUCACUCCCCCAGCUCCCAACUACUUGGACUGAGUACAUCAUGUCCACAAUAGACUUUUAAGAACCAUUAAUAGUACUUAGCUUAAAGAAAUGAGGGUGCUUUUAAACAUGUGAACCAAAAGGCUUAAAUAAGUUACAUUCAUAUUUGCUGUUUAUAGAAUUGAUAUCUGUGUACCUUUUGAGUUUAUAGUCAACACGUCAUCCUGAAAUAAUACUCUUUAACUCAUAACUAGUUUCCUUGUUCUCAACUUUAAAAGAAAAUCCAAGACUAAGGUACUAGUCACUCUGACACAUCAUUUAUAAACCAAUAUGCCACUAUAAAUUAGGUGACUAAAUGCUAUUAAAAACAAUGAUAUGAAAUGUGGUUUUAAAUUUUAUGCAUGCUCUUAUUUUGUGUUACUACAUGAAUGGUGUGCCUGCAUGGUUUUCCUGUCCAUUUUUAUUCUAAUUAAAAAACAUGGCAGUUGAGCCCCUUUUUAAUUACUCUAAGGGGAAGGAGGUAGGUUAAGCAGUUUCUCAACAUGAUACAUCUUAAACAGAAUCUGGAGUGCUUAUUUAAAUAUCCCCACUGCCUUCCCUACCCUACAGGACCAGAAUCUCUUGAUUCAAAAUAAAGUCUGAAAACCAUGGGUUAGAGAAUUCAAUUUUCAUGAUAUACAGGGUCUAGCGCAAAUAAUGUCCCCUUUUUUACUACAGACUCUUUUAUUACAAAAUCAUAAGCAUGCAAUUCUCUAAUAUAACAAUAUCACACUCAAGCACACCAUAUGACAUUUUAGGUGAAAUGUUCAAUGUUCAAAUUAAAACCAUAAAUGAUUACACCCAUAUCAUUACCCUGCCAACCACACUCCGGUGUUACUUCUGUUGGGUCCUGUAAGUUUAUAAAUUCAUAAUGUGCAUGUCCCUGAAACUUAGAGGUCAUUUAGCUAAAAUCUCCUUUACUUUACUUUUAAUAUGAUUCAAAUUAUACUUUAUACUAUAUCACAGAUACAGAAUUUUAUUUAUAUAACUGCUUAUAACUGACCUCACCUUGGCCUUGAGUCCCCAUCUUCUGUAGUGGAGGAUCAAACUUAAACUUAAAAUCCCAGUCAGGGUUAAUAUUUACUCAAAGUUCAUGUCCCUUUUCAGAAAGUUUCUUCUCCGUCCCUCCCUAGACAUGCGCACCAGCCACCUAGCCCCGUCUCACCCAAACUGCAGCAGGAGCAGACAGCUCUAGACUUGGCUGUGCCAUUUAGGUUUCCUCUUGAGGUUCUGAACUGAUUUUCUUCAUCCGGUGAGUCGGCAGCUGUCCCCACUGCCAUGGUCGCCGUCACAGCAAAGGUGCCCUCACUCCCGCCGCUGAGGAGCUGCCCGGGGGGCCCCCGGCUCCGUCCUGCCCCAGGUCCCUGCAGCUUCUUUGUGGUGGGCCUCAUUUUCUUGAAUUAACUUGACUAAGUUUCUGUUCUUUGUGACACAUGACCCAAAUCUGUGGUUCUAAAUCUAUCUACUUGAUGCUAGGCAGAUAGGAAAUUGGGAUUGUGGUUUUUAUACUCUCAAAGCCUCUAACUAAUGUGUGACUUUUAUAAUUUAGGUGAAAGAGAUCUUUUUUCCAGUGAUAUCUUUUCUAGUAUCUUCGCCUUUUCAAUAGAUGCUGCCUAAAUCUGCAGUCCUGGCUCCUCCCACCCAAAUCACUUUCAACUUCACUUCUGUUCCUUGUGUAUUGAUGAAUAGCUGCUCGGUAAAACACUGUGCUUUGGGGGGAAACGGUGAGUGACACCCGCUCCUUAAGGAGGUCACAGUGGAGAGGGGCCUACUGUGGCGCAGCAGUGGUGGCCAAGGAAGCCAGAUCGCAGUGAGGGAUGUGGGAGAGGCACCGCGGAGCACGAGGCAGUCCAGACAGGCCUGGAGGUAUCGGCAUGGCCUCACCUGGCAAGGGAGGGAGGAGCUGCUCCAGGCAGAGCUGAGGAUUUCCUAACCAAACAGCAGUAGGAGCUAAGACACGGAGCGGACCGCAGAGGAUGCCGGAGGAUGCCGGAAAGGGCAGCAGUGGGCUCAGAAGCCCUGAGGUGAAGUUUCAUUAUUGCUUCCCUUGGAUUGUGGGUGAAUUUGCUUCACUCGCUUGCUUAACCUCUCUUUCCGUGUCACUCCAUCCCACCUGUAAUGUAAGAACGGGACACUCCUUCACUGGAGAGACACAGCAUGUGGUGAUGGGAGGCUUCGUUCCAUGAACCUGUUCCUGUGUGUAUAUGUGUUUUACUUAUUUGUUUAUUGUGUCUUCCACCAGUGCGGUCUCGGAAGGCAGGGAUUUUUGUUUCCCUCCUUCUCUCCCUCCCUUCUCUUCCUCUCUUCCUCUCUCUCUUCCUCCCUCUCUGGUUAUUCCUAUUUUAGUAGAAGGUCAGCACCUACUUAUGGAAGGAAGGAAGGAAUGAGUAUUUAUAACCUGGAUGGUGAUAUAACGGUUUUUUUCCCCUGUGUCUCAUGGUAAUAAAGUUUUGAAAGCCACUGGUAAAUAAUACAGGUGAUAGUGCUUUGUACGAUUCUGGAAUAAAAACUGAAG